CACACCCACACACACAGUCAGAGACACACAAACACACACACACACACACACAAUCGGAGACACAUAAACGAUGGAGAAAAACGCUGCUGUGAACGGGCUGUUUGACAGGAAGAGGUCGGGUUGCACGGCUCAGGCGCUGGCUGCCAGCUCUCCGGGAGCAGAGGAAGGAGGAGAGGAGAAGCCUGGCUGUGGGACGGGCAGGGGCCGGGGCAGGGGAAUGGGCAAGGCUCUGGCUUUCCUCAGGAGGAACCUGCUGGUGUUGCUGACCGUGUCGGGGGUGCUGGCCGGGGCGGUGCUGGCGCUGGGGGUCAGGAAGCUCGGCUUGUCCCGGGCUCAGAAGGUGCAUUUCGCCUUCCCGGGAGAGUUGCUGCUCCGCCUGCUGAAGAUGGUCAUCCUGCCCGUGGUGUUCUGCAGCCUGCUGUCCGGGGCCGCCAGCCUGGACCCCCGAGCCCUGGGCAAGCUGGGAGGCAAAGCCAUCGCUUACUUCGCCAUCACCACACUGAUAGGCUCGGCACUCGGGGUGGCCCUGGGACUGCUCCUCAAACCCGGCACCGGCUCCCACACCGCCCUCAGCUCCAGCUCCAGCUACAACAUCUCCUCCAAAGAGGCCACUGACUCCUUUCUGGAUCUGUUCAGGAAUCUGAUUCCAUCAAACCUUGUUGCCGCAGCGUUUCGGUCGUACCAGACAGAGUACAGGUAUAUGCAGGAAACGGCCUCCGGUGGCAACACCACACUAGUCAAGGUUCCUGUCGGCACCGAGGUGGAGGGGAUGAACAUCCUGGGGUUGAUCCUCUUUGCUAUUACCUUUGGUGCUCUGAGGAAGCUCGGACCUGAGGGAGAGCAGCUUAUCAAGUUUUUCAGCGCCUUCAAUGAAGCGACUAUGAUCUUGGUCUCCUGGAUCAUGUGGUACGCGCCGAUCGGUAUCCUCUUCCUAGUUGCCAGCAAAAUAGUGGAAAUGGACGAUAUCGUUUCCUUGGUAACCAGCUUGGGAAAAUACAUCCUGGCAUCCAUUCUAGGCCACAUUAUACAUGGAGUUGUGAUUCUGCCUCUGAUCUACUUUGUGUUUACCCGGCGAAAUCCUUACACCUUUCUCCUGGGCAUCAUCACUCCAUUAACCACGGCUUUUGGAACCUGCUCCAGCUCUGCUACCCUUCCUUCAAUGAUCAAGUGUGUUGAGGAGAACAAUGGCAUAGAUAAGAGGAUCUGCAGGUUUGUUCUUCCCAUCGGUGCUACAGUGAACAUGGACGGAGCUGCUAUUUUCCAGAGCGCUGCUGCUGUCUUCAUUGCCCAGAUGAAUGACGUCACCUUAGAUGCUGGGCAGAUCUUUACCAUAAUUGUGACUGCCACAGCGUCCAGUGUGGGGGCUGCAGGAAUCCCAGCUGGAGGAGUUCUUACAAUAGCAAUUAUCCUGGAGGCUAUCGGCCUUCCCACCAACGAUCUCUCCCUAAUAUUAGCAGUCGACUGGAUUGUGGACCGGACCUGCACUAUGGUGAAUGUGGAGGGCGAUGCUCUCCUAGCGGGAAUUCUACACUACACCAAUCUGAAGGAACUGGACAAGCAGAAAACCGAAAUGACCGAGGUGAAGGUGGAGACAGUAGCAAACAUUAAAGCGGAGGAAGAAAGCUCCCCGCUGGUCAUCCACAAACAGCAGCCCCCGAAUCCGUACAACACCGCAGGCGAGGACUCGGAGUCCGUACUGUGAUGGGGGUGGAGGAGAUGUUCAGCACAGUUCCGGUGCCUGACUCCCAUUUCCUUGCGAGCCACGACCCAUGGCCAAGCAUCUGUGUUACUCAUUACGCAUCCUUUUCCGAUUCUUUGCUUUUAACAAGAACCAUCGGUAUUUCUGCCCCCAUCCUUUGGAACUCCAUCCCACGGUCCCUUUGCCUCACCC